UUUAGUGUUAACGAAAGCUUAGAAGAGUCCAAUUCUUGAAAUAUCUGUGAACGUGGAGCAGAAAAAAUUGAGGAAAUGUAAUUAUCAGUGAAUAGACUAACCUUCCGGGAGCCUUGAGGAAGUUCAAAUUAGUGUCUUCAAGCUAGUUGCACCCAGUGCCGAUCUGGCCCUUCAACCGAAGCCACAUUCCGUGGCUGUUCAGUUGUCUGUUUUUCUUCCCCGCAACGGGGUGUGAACACUAACAUCAGUUUAAUUGUGUUUCUGCAGUAACAAGUGGUCCACCACUUGUUGGACACUUUAGCCAUGGCGCUGAAGAGGAAUGCUAUCAUUUUCCUCACUUUUCUCAUCGCGGUGGCCCCUCCAUCGGCUACUGCUUACCUUUCACCAUCUGUAAAGGACCAUUUCUUCUCUGACGCUCUCCUGCGUGAGCUUGUUGAUCGUAUGGGCAAGGAUUUAGCGGAUGCCGCUGAUUCGUACAUUGAUCCUUUGCCCGUAAAUGAUCAACUGGCCCUGAUGGCUCGCGCUUCGAAAGACCUUGAAGCAGAACAGAUGGACUAUGAUGCCCUGUUGGAUGGGAAUCCUAGUCCAUCGCUCCGUGAUCAGGAAUACCUUCAGCACAGCACUCUAUGGGGACAUCAGUACAUGUCGGGCGGAGCUGGAGAAGGACCACACCGUGUGAAACCACAGGUGAAGACCGAUGCCACCCUUCCGGCUUACUGCAACCCACCAAAUCCCUGCCCCGUGGGCUACACCGAGGACCAAGGCUGCCAGUUGGACUUUGAGAAUACAGCGUCUUUCAGUCGCGAGUACCAGGCUGCUCAGGAGUGCAUGUGCGAUGGUGAACAUAUGUUCGAUUGUCCCGGACAGGAUCAGGGUGAGAACAGGCAAAUGGAUUCGGACAUUGAGAGUUUCCUGGCCCAACAGUUCCAUACGCAGGAGCACAAGAACUUGGUGGCCAAGAAGUUCCACAGCAAGAAGGUAAGAGUCACGUCCCAUGGUAGUUAUUCAUUAAUAAAUUAUUAUAGUACAGGGGUACAUCAAUUAAUUACAUGAAGUAUCUUGGAUUGAAGCCAAACCCAUUAUAUCGAAGAGUAUUUUGGGCACAAUAUAUCGUCUACAUGUGCUACAAUUUUAAUAGGAUCAAUACCCAAUGUUUGUCAUCUUAAUUGUGUUAUCGAUUGCAGAUGGGUCAGUUAUUAUGAAGGCAAUUAGUGGAACACACCACUGAACAAUGCUAUCAAAAAGAUAAUUUUAAUUAAAUGUACCCUAGUUAUUUCUAUUUUUUUUAUCAUUAACCUGUUUUUUGGAAUAAACAUAAUUGAUUUUCUGUAUAUCCUUCAGACUUUUCCAAACUUUCCCCCUGGAGAUUAAGCAAACUCAUAACUUAUAUUCUGUUAUCAUAAAGCUCAGAGAUAUGGAAUAUAUUGUGGCGCAGUUCAUUAAAUAUAGUACCGCAGAAUAAUUAGCUAUGGUAAAUAUUACAUGCAGAUAAUGCUAAGAGGGUGGAUGGAAACGUGUCUGUCCUCUUUAAACUUUCGAAAUGUGCUGUCCGUGCGCAUUUCACGCCAUAAUCUUCUGACGACAAGAAAUGUACACUUACGUAAUUUACUAAAUUCACUUACCGGGAAAUCACAGCAAAUUGCUCGUGACUGUUAAUUGAAGGUACCAUGUUAUAUAUGGCAUGUUACUUGUCUGUCUGCAUUAAUUUUCUUUGUAAAUGGAACCUGUGGAAUAUUCCAAAUUCUAUUAAAUUUUGAAAUCCAUAAGAUAUAUAUAAAUAUAAUUCUGUAUCUGGGGCCUUACGGUUGAAUUCUUUUAACGAAUGAUGUUUUCUACAGCAUUGUGAUAUUCACAAUAAAACUUUUCCAUAUGGUAUCAACAUCUUCAAGUUUCAAAUAUUUUUCCAAAACGAUGUGCUCAAAAUAUACUAUCACUAAUUCUUGGUUAUUUUACUGCACCCUUUUCUUUUCACUUUAUUUUUUUUAUUAAACUGAAGAAUUUUCUUAUUAUAUCCAAACGUAAGACCAUUUAGCAUUUUAUAAAAAAAAAUAAGUGUUUUAUUCUGAAAGAACUCUUUCACAAAUUUAUCCUGAGAAGCGAAGCAUGACCUGAAUUUGUUUCGUUUUACUCUUCUUCUCGUGCAAAAUUAUUUUUACGAUUUCCUGAAAAUUAUUACCAUGAUUUUUUUAUAUUUUCAAAUUAUGUUUUAGAGGCUAUCUAGGUGGUAAUUUUGCCCAUAUAUCCCAAGGAGCCCCAUUAAUUCCGUGUUCUAAUGGUUUUCGAGAUUUAAAGUUGAGUAUUCCUAAAACCAAAUCGUUUCGAAUAAAAUUAUAUUCUUGAAAAAUCGUAUAAUCCUUAUCCAGACCAGUACGGAGAGGAGGGGCAACUUAGAGCUAUGGGAAUAGAUUGUCAUAUGACUUUUUCGCCUAUUUCUAAAUGAAGCUGGUCCUUACAAUAAUUUUAUUUAGACCCACAAUUUUUGUAUCAAUCCAAAUUACGUCAUGUUAAAGCCAAGUUUCCAUUAAAAAUAUGCGAAAAAUCAUAUAGCAAUAUAGCUCCGUAGCUCAAAGUAGCCCAUCUUCCCCUAGGAGAUUUCUGUAACAGUAUCACAAUGUCAUUGGAUAAAUUUUCAUGAUAAAAUUCGGGAGCAGGACUACAUUAAAGCCAGUGAGCAUCGAAUGGUCAUUGUAAAGCUCUCAUGAAGUUUUUGGUAACUUAUAUAAAUCGGAUUAGUCUUCCGAAUUUACAACAUAAAAAAUUAAAAUUUCUCAUAUGGUAUUGUCAUCCUGUUACAGAAUUUCCCCACAUGCUAAAAUCCUUCGUGAAUCAGCGGAAAAAUAGAUAAUGAAACCAUAAGUUUAUUCAUUUCUUUUUCGAGAAACAAUUUGAAUUGUUUCUCCGUAUUGAAGUAAUUUAUGGUUCGUUUAUGACAGAAAAACUUAAAAAGAGGUAAUGAAAUUAUCGUAACUUGCAAAAUGUUCAAAGACAUGAAAAGAAUGUUUAAAGUUCAUAAUUCAAAACCAAUUGUGAGAGUAUAGUUCCAAGGAUAAUUCGGGCUAAUAUAAUAUUUAGUACGUAUAUUCCAUUGAACUCAAAUACGUGACAUUUUGCAGUCUCUAAAAUCAAUUGGAAUGAUGGCUAUAGUUUUAUCAAUCGAUAUUAACAAGCUUGAAAAUUAUUAAAACAAUUCUUUAACAAUCCUAAAUGAGCCCUAAUUAGUACAGAAUUAAAAAUUACUCUCAAUUCUUUUCUAAAAACUUGUUUAUAUUAUUUCUUUGCUAAUUUUUGUACGGUACUUAAAUGAAACCGUGAUUUUUAAAUCUGUGUAUAGAUCCGUCUAAGUCGCAUUAAAAAGUAAUUAAAAAAAAAGAGAUGACAAAGCGUCCCAGCUUUUUACAGUGCCUCGAACACACGCGAAAGAUCUAUCCAGGUAUUAUUUUUCGCGUGCUUUUUGGGUACAUACAGUUAACAAUUGCUUUUCGGCCCUACGGUUAAGAUCAAAGUAUAGUACACCUUAACUACUGAUUAAAUUGAUUCAUAAAUAAAAAAACCAUUAAAAAUUAAAUAUGGUUAAGAAAAGUUAGGUUCGGUUCUAUGAGCGUUUGGUUAGUGAAAAAUUAAAUUUGCUUACUUGAAGUAUAGGGUCAAUUAGGGUAUUUUUGAAUUGAGUCACCUUUAAAAUUGGGUUAUUUUCUUCUAUUUUUGAAACAAAAUUGAGCUUAUCGUAAUAAAUUAAGUCAACAUACCAAUUGGGAAGAUAAACUACAUUGAGAUAAAGUUCAAUUCCAUUUAAGAAUAAUACGGGCUUCAGACCUAAGGCUUAGUUAUCUGGCUUAACUCCUCUAAUACCUCAUCAAGCAUGAUUUUUUAGGAAAUUGUUGUUUAGGAUUGAAUAUUAAGGGCAAAUGAUUCAUUAGAUUUUAAAAAAAUCAAUAAAAUUGCUUGUUAUUUAGAUAUUUGAGACCUUCGGGAACUGGGCUAAACGUCCAGUCUGAAGCCGGCCUAAGAGGACAAAGCCCAAUUUCAAAUCCAGCCCAAUUCAUAUGUGCUACACUUUCCCCUAAGAAUACGUUUUUAAUUGCUGAUGUAAAGAUUUUAAACAUUAAAGCUUAGGUCUGUAAAAUCAGUUUCAAAAUUAAAAAAAAUAAUCUAGGGAAGUUUGACUUUUCCAUUGUAGCCUAUUAUAGUCUUGAGAUCUGAGCUCCUGCCAUGACCUUAUUUCUCCAAUUUGUUGAUUUUGAAAAUCACUAAAAUUGAUUGAGACCUUAGUGAACUGAGCUAGGCCUCAAGUCAGAUGAUUUAUGAAUUUUAUUGCAUUUUAGCUUAAAAAUAAAAAAAAGAUAAAUAAAAUUGUAAAAUAAAAUGAGCAACAAAGAUUCUUUUAAUUUAUUAGUUGGUCGGUUACUCAACUCACUGAUUGGCAUUAUGUAUAACAAUAGACCUUAUGUAAUGUUAGACCAGUUAGACUAGCAAAAGUGAAAUCAAUUAAUUACACCACUGUUGGCCGAGUUGAAGAACCGGCCAACAACAGGGCACUUUACUUCGUUUAUUUCAAAAUCGAAGGAUUUAUCUCAGAAUCAGCUAUCGAAAAUCAGUUUUAAAAGUGCUCCCAUACCAUUUCAAUUCAGUGAAAUUCAAUCAAUUGAAAGCUUACUUCUUGCUAUUUCAAAUAAAAACAGAUAUUAGUUGUCUCUUACUUUAAAUUCAAAGAAAUAUUAAAAUUUUCUUUUGAGAGAAGAAGAUAAUUAUUUCUGAAAAAGAGAGAUAAAAUUUUAUUUGAUGGAAAGUCACUAAGUUCAAUGGAUCUAGAAGCAUCUAUAAGAUCUAAAGUUUAGGUAGUUAACACCGGUUUUAAAAUAAAAUAAUUAUUUCUGAAUUUGAGAAUUAUAAUAUGAAAACUUGUGUUCGAAUUGUGGUGCAAAUAAAAUUUUUAUUGAUAAAAUUUCAGUUUUCCAUAAUUGAAAAAGAUUUUGCCAAAAGACUAAGGAGAAGUCUCAAUUUCAAAGUCAAAUGAAAUAUAGAUUUUUUAUUGUUUAAAUUGAUCGCUAACUAUUUAAGAAUACAUCACUAAAAUUUCAAUAGACAAUUUAAAGCACUUUCGAAGGAACAUAAGCGAAAGCAAAAGAGUCCCGAGCAUCUUUGAAAGCGUUUAGGUUAAUAACCCAUGACUUUAAAUUUAAGCAAAUUUUCACCACUUCUUUUUUAUACAACUUUUCGAAUUGAUGGUAAAGACAAGAGAAACUUAUUGACUGAAUAAAAUAAGUGAAGACUUGUUAUCUUUAAAAUUAAAUUCUUUUCAAGUCACACCUAAAUAAUCUUUGAAAAAGUAAUUUUUUACAGUAUGUUUAAGUUAAUAUUUUAUACACCAAUAUAAGUAGUAUAGUUCGCGCAAGUCGGAGUGCAAUGACCGCUGAGGUGACAUCAAUGUCGCGCAACUCGGAGUGCAAUGACCGAUCAUCCAUGACGCAACAUUAGAUAUGACGUGACAUCACAACAUUACGUCACACAUUUUCUCUUGCGUAACAUUUUUUUUUUGAUGCCACACGUUUUUUAUGAUGCAAUAUUUUAUGAUGACGUAUCUUUUUGGUGACAUAUUUUUUGGUUUCUGUUAUAGUUUUGAAGAUGCAAUGGUUUUGUGUUCAAGUUUUCACGAAGAAUUUUGAAUUGAAAUUUCCGUUAUGAUUUUUAAUACUCAACCAUCAUCUAUUAUUCUCAAUUUUAGUGAUUUUUUGAAUUCUCAAUUAGUUUAAUUAUUUUAUUUAGCUUUGAUAUUUCUUUUUAAGACGUCAUUUCUAUCUCCUCAAAUAAUUGUACGUGAAAAUAUUUUCCAUGAGGUGGAUUUGAUCUUGAGACCUUUCGAUUGAGACACAAGAGCACUACAACUAAGCUAUUUUUAAGUUACAAUCUCUUGGUCGAAGAUGCCUCUUAUAUAUUUCUAUACACUCAUCAAUAAGAAUAAAUGAAAUAUGAUCUUCUGUAUCGCGCAUGGAUUAAGUAUAUGGAGUGGAGUUAGUUAAUGAACAGCAAAACGGGAAAAAUUGACAAUGAGUACAAUUUUUUGACCACUCUAUGAUUCAUAUGUGGGACUCUUGGUCGCACGCGAGUAAGGAAUAUGAAAAGUGUUAUAUUUCUCUACUUUGCAUUCUUGUGCAAAAAAAAAACUAUCCACUCGAGAUGUGUCGCAUAUGAUUGUUUAUUAAUUCCAUCCCAAACUUACCUCAUUCUCUUUCCUGCAUAUCAUCUUCAAAACUAUAGAAAAAAAUUACAUCAAUAGGGAAAAAAUAUGUUGAGUUUUUAAAAAGAAAAACACUAACAGAUCUAUGAAAAAUAUUCUUCUCAUUUAUUUACAUAUAAAAUAGCUUUAACAAGUAACAUUAUAAUAAAAUUAUAUAUCGGAUGUCAUCUAAACUAAAACUUACUAUUUACAUUUUAAUAGAGAUUAAAUGGCAAAAACUAAAAAAAAAA